AUGAAACCCAUCCUCACCAUCGUGAAAUUGCAUCCUCAACAAGAAAAUCUCAAGAAGCUGCCGAUUUUGGAAGGCUCCGGCGCCACCUCCUUCACCGGCUUCCCAGAAGGAGGUCUUCCACCGAAUGAAGCAGCUUUGGAGGCCAUCAGGCUGGUGAAGGAAGCUCCAGAGGCUCCGGAGGCUCCACAGCCUGAAGAGGAGCUUGAAGUUCCAUGCCCAGGAGGACCCUACACGUGCUUCAUUUGCACUGAGGCAAAGACAGAAGCUGAGCGCUUCUUACCACACAGGUGCUCUGUGGAGCCUGAAGCUUUGUGUUGUCGGCCCUGUUUCGUGAUGUGGGUGCAGUCACAAGUUGAGGCGGAUUCGCCCCAUCUCCGCUGCUGUCACUGCGAUUUGGAGCUGUCCACUCGAGUCCUUCAGCACUUGAUCGAUGAGGAGCAUUGGCAAAGAUACUGCGAUGCUGCCUUGCAAAGAAAUCUGAAGCGCGAUGUGCACUUCAUUUGGUGCAGCAAGUGUUCAGGUGGCGGCUGGGUAGAUACCAGGCAUCCCAUUUCCAGCUGUGGCUGGUGCUGUCCAGAGUGCUCCAACACCUUUGUGUACUGCCCACAAUGCCGCAGGGAUCACGGCAGUAUCAGCUGCAAGAAGUUCCAGAGACUCCGCAAGGAGGUCAUGGGGAAGCAAUCCAAGGACAAAGACUCCGAGGGCAUGGUUCAGCGAAGUUCAAAGAGUUGUCCUUCAUGUAAGAUGCCCAUCCAAAAGGAUGGUGGCUGCAAUUACAUGGAUUGUCCCAAUUGCCGUCGGCACUUCUGCUGGAGCUGCGGUCAGAUCAUGAAGGCCUCGCACCAGGCUCAUGACUGUGAUGCCGGUUUCGAAGCCUCCGAGGUGGUGGCGAAAACGUCGCAAGGCCGCCCCUGCGUGGAGUUGACUAGGCUGUUCAUGAACGUCAUUGACAUUGAUUCAGUGGACGUCUUGAACGUCGAUCCAGAAGACGUGGAGGAUUGCCGUGAGAUGUUGGUGCCCAGCGUGCAGGAGGAGGAUGAGGGGACAGGCCCUCUCUUCGUGGGGCCCAGUUUGAUGGACGGCGAAAUCCUCCUGAGGCUUCCCUUCAACUUUACGAAGGCAAUCUCCUGGGAGCUGACCCAUUUGCAUCUCCUGGCAUCGCAGUCGCCCACGCCCAACUGUUCUCCGCCAAAGUCUGUCGGGCUCUUGGCGAAUCUUCCCAGCGCCAGCUUCAGCGAUUUCGAGGACAACCGCGUGGUCGCCAAGGUGGACCUCGAGGAGACCCUUUGUGGAUUCAAGAUGAACAAGAAUCAUAAUUAUAAUCAUGAUUAUUUACACACAUAUAUAUCUGGGUAA